UUCUUGGUGAACUAACGAGAAGGAAAGACCAGUGACGAUGCGGUCUGCGGUCGUGUCUUGCCUCGUGGCGGUCGCCUGCCUGCUUCCCGCUACUCUGCGGGCCUACCCUUCGGGCGCACCCGUGGGCGUAUGCAACAGCGAACUGCCCAAGCACGGCGGAGCGCAACCGCAAACUUCCCAGUCACCGUACGCCAUCCAGGCCACGCCCGCGAACAUUAACCAGGGCGGAAGCGUCACCGUGCAAGUAUACGGCAGCACUCCGUUCAAGGGUGUCAUCCUGACGGCCCGUGAUGUGCACACCAGCCAGCUGCUGCAAGGAACCUUUACACCCGACGCACAGACUAAGACUCUGGACUGCCCCGGAGGAAGCGCGAACGCCAUCACUCACAACAGUAGGGACGAGAAGACGCAGGUCGUGGUCACCUGGACUGCCCCGGUCGGAUACACCGGACAGGUGUACUUCAGCGCCACCGUGGUGCAGUCUUCGUACGUCUUCUGGAAGGGCAUCACCUCCGACGCUGUAUUCGUCCAGUGAACGACAAUAAAACUGAAAACAGCGCGAG